ACUGCUCGGAGAAUAUGAGUGCCGAAUCAGCCGACAUUAACUUCUUUGAUUUCUUACCGACAGAAAUAGUCACUUUAGUUUUAACCCAGCCCAGCCUUUAUUUUAGAGAUGUGGUUAACUUUGGAACAACUUGUAAGCGUUACCUCGGAAUAAUCAGCGACAACGAGCUUUGGAAAGUUAAGCUGCUGUAUCGGUUUCCAUGUCUUCAGCAAGUCGCCGACAGCAUGAAGCCUACCUCUGCUUGGCUAGACCACUGCAGGCAGCUCCACAAACUUCCAGAGACAGUCAAGAGCCUGGUGGCUGGCCUGUCGGCCAAGUGUUUCCUCCGGGACGAGGUGACCUACUCCCACUUCCGGCCACUGAAGGAGCUGUACUACAGGAGUGAUCUGUGCCAGGCCCUGAUGGACGAAGUGCUGAUGACCCUUGUUAAUGAUGAAGAUAAGUACAAAGAUUUGACCCUACGGUACUAUGCUGAGAAAACCCUGCGCUACCUCUGCCGUACCAAGCUGAGGCAGGAAUGGCAAGCACUCUUGGCCCUGCCCAUAGAACAGCAAAGUCUGCUGGAAGGCGCCAUUUUGUUUGAGAGGUGGCACAAUUUCUUCAGCCCGUCUCCCAAGGACAGCAUCAGGCAGGAAGUCAGUCAAAUUGCUGAGAGGGCCAGGAGGAAGCUGAAAAUGGAUCACCCAAGUUACCAUAGCAACAUUGGAGGGGCCGUGGAGAUGACACCAGAACAGUGCUAUGAGGUCUUUGAUGCAGUCAAUGAGGUCAUGUUCAAGGAGAUGAAUUUCCAAGGCAACAGUGAGGAUUUCUACAAUGAAAGCAACUCUUACAUGUCACUGGUCCUGACCACGAAGCUGGCCAUACCCAUCACGCUGUGCAUUCUGUAUGAGGCCGUGGUCAGGAAACUCGGUAUCACGCUUCGACCUGUCAACUUUCCCGGUCAUUUUGUGCUCUGCUGGAAUUACUCCUCAGAUGGUUUCAAAGAGUCGGAUACCAACCUUUUCAUCGACGCCUUCAAGAAAGGUCGCAUGAUGACCUCUGCUGAAGUCCUGAUGAGCAGUUUGCACAUCGGCAUGCAUGGGUACCGACCAGAUUACCUGCAGGCUUGCCAACCCAGGGCUGUGUUCCAACGGAUGGCAGCUAAUGUGAUGCACCUUAGGCAAGACAUUGGCAGCAAUUUUGAUGGAAUAGAACUACAAGCCCUUUUGAACCCGGAGGAUUGCGAGACGGUGAUGGAUUGCAUCAAGUACUACGUUGGGCGUAACAUCAAUUAUGCUGAGUCGUUGGCAAUGUUGCAAGAAAUUCGCCCCCAGAAUAACCAGGAGCAAAGGAAUGUGACCGUAUUCACUGAGAUGAUACAAAGAACCAUGGAGAAGUACGGCAAAGAUGAUGCGGAGCCAACAAUGCCAUCAGCAAAGCAACGGGAAGACAAUAAAGAAGUCAUUUAUGCAGUUGGCAUGGUGAUGAAGCACAGAAGGUAUAACUAUUCCUGCGUGAUCUAUGGCUGGGACCCAGUCUGCAAGCUAUCCAGGGACUGGCAACGUCACAUGGGCGUGCAUCACCUGCCCAAGCAAGAGAAGCAACCUUUCUAUAACGUACUGGUGGAGGACUGCUCCAACCGAUAUGCUGCUCAGGAAAAUCUAGAUUUCAUCGAUGUCCCUGUCACCAUAUCGCAUCCAGAGGUAGGCAAAUACUUUCAAAAUUUCACCGGGAAAUGUUAUCUUCCGAAUGAUGAGUUGGCAUGUCAGUAUCCGAACGACAUGGCUGUUACAACACAGAAAACUACAGAGAUCUAUGCAGAGUAAUUGUAUUGUGCUCUGUUGAACAAGUCCCAGACAGCUGAAUUCUGAACACCUUUAUAUGCAAACAAGAAGUGUAGGCUCCUCCGUGAACAAGAAACAGGGAGCUUUUUUAACGAUCACUAAUCUUGCUUGAGAUAACCCACUGCACAAGGUCUUGUAAGCUUGUCUAGCAUAAAGAUUGCACAAUUGAUUUAAUGCAUUGAUAGCCCAUUCACAUGAAUACCGGUUGCACUGUUGCCAAUUUUGUUGAACUACCAUCUCCUAGUUUCUCUGAGAUGUGACAGGAUAUUCUCUCCUGAAGGGGAUAGAGAGUACAUAUCUUAAUGGGCCCCCUCUUUUGUGUUCCUGGAAUUUUCACUGUAAACAUUGUUUCUCACUUAUGAAAGGAAACAAAUGGAAGUUGUAACCAAGGUGCUUGUUUUUACCGAAGUUUGUCUUCCGAGUGACAGGAUAUCUGCCUUAAACCAAUUCAUUUCAUCCAUUGGUACCUUUGAACGGUGAUUUUGUUGGCCACAAUAUUCCUUUUUCUUUCAACUUUUGCUCAUGCACCAAGGUAAUUCGUCGAUAUGACUACAUAAAUACUUCAUUUCUAAAAACCAAAACCUUUUUUUAAAAUCACUGCAUUUCUGAUGCCAAGAUUGACUUAUACACAUUUAGAAAGUUUCAUGUGUCUCCAGUGAUAAUCACAAAAUCUGUCAAAAAGAAAAGAUCCAUGUUUAGUCUUUUUGAAAAAUUUCAGAAUAAUGCAAGAAAUAACAAGGUAUUGUAAUCUUACAAGUCCACAAAAUAGCUGUAAAUAUCUGUGACAUUUUUUAUUGUAUUGCAUGCAUUGGGAAUGUUAAUAUUUUUUCUGGGUCAUAAUAUAACUUUGAAUAUUUAGUCUUUUAUUAAUGUAGCACAACAGAAAAAUCUAAUGAGCAUUUGGUAAGCAACAAAUUUCUGUAAGUUAAAGAAGCGAACAGGUGGUUGCCUUAGUGAAGAGACUUUGUAAAUAAAAGCCUGAUUUUCAAAAGGGAGAUAUAUGUACGUAUAUAUUUUAGAAAAUAUUCCUGCUGUAAUAUAUUUAUCUCAACUUCAAAGAGAACUAUUGUGAUAAUCAUGUAAAACCAGUAUUAUUUUAUUGAAAAGAUGGACUGCAGGAAAUAAGUAAUCAAGUAACAUAUAGACAAAUUGUAAUAAAAUCCCUACAAGAUGGAACUGGCGAGGGAGGGACUAUUUUGGUUCCCCUAAAAUUUUCCGAUUCUCUGGAUUUUAGAAGAGGAAUGACUAACAUUGUCAAACUGAAGGGCUUUUACUGGUUCAUCAUCCAACACUAGCAGUAAUUGUUUUAAAAGGUGAUAAAAUUAUAACUACCACAAAGUUCAUGGCAGUUUAUAGCUGAAUGUACAGUGUUGGCUCCAAUGCAUUCAGCUGUCCUAGGUGGUUUCAUACUGUUUGGGACACUUAGAAGUUACUCUGCAUGGUAUCUUUGAGGAAAACUGGUUGUAAAAGUAACAUAAUACAUCAUUUUAUAAGUUUUGACUAGUACUUUUUGGGGCACCAGUUUCCAACCAAAUGAAGAACAGAGAACACUAUGCAACAUUCUUAAACUGCACAUGUACCUGCAAACAGAAUUUCAAAAAAGAGACUUUUUUGGUCGAUUAGCAGAAGUCUGGACACAUCCCAAAGACUUCAAAUCAAAUUAUCCUGAAAGUAACCUGGCCUGUUCAAGGGGAGCUCAUAUUGCAUCCACAAAUGUUGCAAUGUCGCACUUGUGUUUACCCAUACUGACGCUUCAUGGAGUGGCCCACAUGUGUAUGCGCCAUGAAUGUACAGAACCAACCAGCGAUUACUUUUCUUUUACAACCACCCUCCCCCCCUUGCAGGGCCAAUAUCAGAGUCUGACUUUUCCGGCAUGCCAAUAAUUUCUGGUGGAGGCAUUCCUUUUAAAAAUGCACACGCAAAGUUGUACAUUGUUUACAACGUUGCCCAUCUUUAAUGGAGGUGUGCCGAGUUCCUUGACCUAAGCUCGCACUUACAAAUGCUACGCACAGUUGCGAAGGCUGCAUAUCACAGCACCCAUUCUGGUUGCGUGUUACAUGAAUAUGGGUUAUAGGUCCUCAGAGGGCAAGAGCUUUGUGUCAGUGGGAUAGGCUCGAGUAAACCUUUGGUACAUUUGUUGUACAUGUAACUAAAUUAAAGUAUCAAAAACAGCCUCUGAGACACCAUGGAGAUGCCAACAAUGCAUAAUCUCUAUCAAUAACAUGCUGCUGUAGUUUCUAUAAAGUCAACACGAUGACAUGCCUUUGUAUGUUGUCAAAGCGAACCUGCACUGAGAAAAUCUGCUCACAACCCUACAGAUAUGUUGUCAAGUCCGGUUGAAGUCAGUGCAUGAAGCUUUGCGCAUAAUUAUGCGUAAACUUGCAUGUAUACACAACAGAAUUCACAGAGUGAAGAGGGUGCUUGUUAGUGUCAACAUGUUUCCUUCCUGAAAUCACAGUUGAUCGUUCAGCCUUCAGUUUUCAGUAUGUAAGUUGUAGUACAUGUAAUUUGGCACAUAAUAAAGUCUUCACGGCCUCAAGGAUCUUCAAUCCAAAAAUCUUACAAUGACCUUGUACAUUUCCAUACAUGUAACACAAAAUUCAUCCUUUGUUGCAGAGACUAUCCACUUCAAGAGUCUUGCAAACUCCUGUGGGAACCUUCCUUAUGUACAAAACCUUUGGUGAAAAAUUGAUAUUCACAAGGUCAUUUUGACCUUUUUUAAGUAUUAAAAUCAGGGGCAAGUGCAUUUAAAGAACAGUAAAAUUUCAUAUUCUGGAGUGAGCUCAGGGAAGUAUGUGGCCAUGUGAAGUCACAUGAUCUCUUUUCCUUACAGUGAAGACUGAUGGUAUAUUAUGGACUGGUAGCUGAUGCUGGGGUUUCCCAGCCUCGCAUUCAACUGUAUGAAAAAGAGGCCACACCCCCAAAUAGUACAAAUACACAAUACACAUUUCUUUUGUACUUGUGAUAUUGCAUUUAUUAGGAUUAAAUGCUUGUACACUAUCGUAACAGCUUUUUUGUAAUGUACAAAGGUUGGUUGAUAAAGAUCGACAUAAAUAUUGCACCAAACAGCGUCUACAUACUCUGUAGCUGUGUUUUGUUUGGCUGUAUAUACAGAUUCCUAUUACUAUAAAUCACAGACAAUGAAAUAGGGAAGGGGUGUGAGACAUGGGAAUGAGAAUCACCAACUGUGCAAUGAGUUUUAUCCAGGAUUUUACCAACAUAUAUUUGGGAUGUUGCUGUGGGUUUGAAAUGCAUCAGUCAAAAAAUGGGGGGGGGCUCGGUUUGCUUAAGAUUGUGACUGUGUGUGACAGACGGGGAGGGGGAAAACUGAACACUAUUUCUACAGAACAAAAUUCCAUAAAUUUCAAGUAAGGACUUUGCUAUUGUACAUUUUAAAUUCUUUUUUUUUUUUUUACUAUUUCUUUUACAGCCUGUUAUGUUAGGGAAAAUGCUAGUCCACAAACACUUUCAUCAAAUCAGUCACUUGGAAUAAACAUUUUAUGAGUAACUUCCUGGA